AUGCUUCGGCAGCACGUGAGGCAUCUCUCGUAUUCCAAAUGGCGAGCAAGUGCCAAACCUCUGUACGCAAAAACGCUUUUGCUUCCGAAAACUCCGUUUCUGCCCAAGAUUCCUGUCGGGUCCCAGCGAGAAAAGUUGCUUGAAAAAACUGGACAGCUGCUCUACUUUUGGCAAAAGGAUAGAGAAGCUUAUGCCAAAGAGUUCACGUUACAUGAUGGUCCUCCAUAUGCCAAUGGAGAUUUGCAUUUGGGCCAUGCCCUCAACAAGAUCCUCAAAGACGUAAUCAACAGACACGAGCUACUUUUCCGUAAUCUGAAGGUGAAUUACACUCCUGGGUGGGACUGCCACGGCUUACCCAUUGAAAUGAAGGCUGUGAAGGAUGCGGGCCAGCUUGGACCGGCUGAAACUAGAAGGCGGUGCCGCGAGCUUGCGGCAAGCAUGAUCGAAAGACAAAAAUCCCAGUUUCACCAGUUUGGUAUCAUGACUGACUUCGAUCAUCCGUACGAAACAAUGGCACAUGGAUAUGAAGCAGCGCAACUCCGCGUGUUCUUGAAAUUGCUCGAAAAUGGUCUUCUUUCACGCCAGUUGAAGCCAGUGUGGUGGGGCUGCGAGACCCAGACUGCAUUGGCAGAGGCUGAGUUAGAGUAUAACCUGAAGCACAAGUCCACUGCAAUUUACGUGAAGUUUCCUUUGCAAGAAGCAGAACAGCUAUUGGGAGGUCCUGCUAGCCUAUUGGCCUGGACGUCUACGCCUUGGACCAUUCCUGCGAAUAAAGCAAUCUGCGUGCAUCGGGAUUUGGAAUACACUGUUCUAGAGUCACCAACCGAGCGGCUCGUUGUUGCAUCGAAAUUGGCACCAAACGUGCUUAAACUCGAUGAGGCGCUUCGUCCCACUUCAAUUCGGAUUAUGGGUGGAGAGCUAGAAGGUUUACACUACACGAAUCCAAGUUUUGAUGAGGCACUAAAAUUUCCUGUUUUGCAUGGUGACCAUGUUUCUGAAAGUGCAGGAACGGGUCUCGUCCAUACGGCUCCAGCGCACGGUAUGGAAGAUUACCUAGUGGGGAAGAAACACGGACUUGAAGUUGAGUCUGUGGUGGACGCGCAAGGAAAAUUCAUUCCAGGCGCGCUUCCUAAAGGGUGGGCAGCUUUUGCAGGCGUGUACGCCAACGGGCGCGGCAGCAUCGCGCGGUGCGUAGAACACAUACGGGAGCAGGGAAUGUUGUUUCAUGCGGACGCGGCACACAUCCACUCUUACCCGUACGAUUGGCGAAGCAAGACUCCUGUGAUUCAGCGUGCCACCCCGCAAUGGUUUGUGAAUGUGGAGCGUAUCAAGGAUACGGCGGCUCGCCUGUUGGACGCGGUGGAGUUUGUGCCUGACGCAGGUCGCACUCGUCUUGCGCUGUUUGUGCGCAACCGUAGCGAGUGGUGCAUUCUGCGGCAGCGCGCAUGGGGCGUGCCUUUGCCCAUCGUCUACCACAAGGAGACUCAUGAGCCGCUCACGGACUUGGUCGCCGUGCGUGCUAUCGUCGACAACCUCGCGCAGCUCGGCACAGACGAGUGGUUUGUGCCCGAAGAUGAUGUGUCGCGCUGGGUUCCAGCGCAGUUCCAUCCAGAACAUUACUACAAGGGCCGCGAUACCAUGGAUGUAUGGUUCGAUUCGGGUACACUGUGGACAACAUUGGGUGCGGACGUCGAUGCACUCAUGGCAGCAGAACAACCGCUCGCCGAUAUAUAUUUGGAAGGCAGUGACCAGCAUCGUGGAUGGUUCCAAUCGUCAUUGCUCAAUAAGAUCAUUGCAUCGGGGACCGGCAGCGAAUUCAAAGCCGUGGCACCCUUUCGGAAGAUUAUCACACAUGGCUUCACUUUGGACAGCAAAAAUGCUAAAAUGUCCAAGUCUGCAGGUAAUGUGGUGCUGCCACAACAGGUGGUUGAUGGCGGCGGGCGGCCGCAUGUGGCACCACUUGGUCCAGAUGGUCUUCGUCUCUGGGCGGCGCUGUGCAAUUACACUCAGGAUGUGAACGUGACGCCCGAGGUUUUGGCUCGUGUGGGCGAGAAUAUCCGCAAGUUACGUGUGACAUUCAAGUACAUGUUGGGCAAUCUCGCCAAUUAUAACGAGAAGGACAUGUCGCUGGAGCACAAGUUCUCUCCUCUAGAUCGGUGGAUGCUUCUGCGCCUUGCACGUUUGCAGCGCAGCGUGGGCGAGGCGUAUGCGCUGCACAAUUUCGCGCGUGUGGUGCGUGAGCUCAAUGCGCACAUGAGUAGCGACUUGAGCGCCAUCUAUUUUGACGUUUGCAAGGAUUGCCUCUACACCGCAGGUGCGCAACUGGAACAGCGUCAGGCAAUCCAAGCGGCGUUGGAUAGCCUCUUGCGGGCAUAUGUGGGAAUGUGGGCCCCAAUCCAACCAUUGCUUGCUCAAGAAGUGUGGGAUGUGUAUGGCCGUACACCAGCAGACUCGCCGUUCAAAGUAGCGUGGGAAUUUUUCGCUGUGCCCGAGAGUUGGGAAGAUGCUGAAGUGGAGGGCGAGUUUGACACCAUUUGGGCUGUGCGCGACGCACUUAACAAACAACUCGAGGCUCUCCGUGCGCGCGACCUCUUCAAAAACAAGUUGGAGGCCGAGGUGUUCUUGUCUGCUUCGGGUGAUGCACACGCUCUUUUGGCACGCCAUGCUUCCUACUUGGCGGACUACUUUGGUGUAUCGCGCGUGACUUUGGGCGAGGUGCCCAACGACGCCGAAGUUGUCUUUGAAGCAAACAGCACAUCUGGGAAGGUGCGCGCGGCCAUUUCGCAGAGCGGACUGUGCAAGUGCCCACGGUGCUGGAAACACAUUGCACCACCAGAUUCUCUCUGCGCCAAGUGCGAAGUGGUGGUUCAGGAGAUGUAA